AUAGGUGCUACUAGCUGGACGACUUGGCGAGGCGGAGGCUUGCUCGCAGUCUCACAGGUCAAACAACAAGCCGCGAUGAAGAAAAAGACUCGCUCCACAGGAGGAGCGGUCGGUCGGAGAACAAUUCUACAACUCUCUCCUUCCGGUAUCCGUGGCGCGAAUGCCGGCGAGAGGGAAGAAGGACUCCCAGGAUCCGAUGCAGAAGAGCAAGAAGGAGAAGGACACCCAUUCGUGAGCGAGAGACUUAACAACGUGAAGCCUCCCGCAAUGAAAGCCACCGAGGGACUGUCCUUGCUUGGAGCCUAUGAAGAUACUGAUGAAGAGGAUGCUGCAGAGUCUCGAUCAACUACAACUUCUCAGCACAAUCACUCUGCUGAUAUUGACAGUACAUUAGCCAAUUUCAUGGCUGAAAUUGAUGCUAUCACCACUCAGCCAAGUUCGGAUGAUGCAGCAGGUCAACCUUCCGUCCCAGCUGGUAAUUCCCCCACCCCAGAGGCGAAUGCCCAGCAGCCAGAUGCCAGUGAGGGACAACGUGCACAGUUUGAGUUCAAUACUCAAUACUCGUUAGCUGGAGUGGAUGUGGAAAUGGGGGACUGGCAGGAGGUUUGGGAUGAUAACUCUGGCUGCUAUUAUUACUGGAACAUUCAGACCAAUGAGGUCUCCUGGGAGCUACCUCACUCUCUAGCUGAUCAAGUGCAAAGACUGGCUCACCACGCCAAUAGUUUUAGUGUCAAUGGCAAUGGUACAUCAAGUGCCUGUGAUCACACUGGUGAAAGCAAACCUGCUGCAGCGCCAACAUCAACUAAAGUCAAGGAGGUAAUGGAGAGUGUGGUGGGCCUCACAAGCAAAGAGGAGGAGCGCUGUGGAGUGGCUGCAUCUCUUCUGGGUCCGUUAAUCCCUACAGAAGUGAAAAAUGCAGAAGAGAAAUGGCGAAAAAGACUUCUUAAAGGUUUGAAUGAGAAUGAGACCAGUUUAGACUCUGAUGGAGAGGGUGUUGGCCCCGUGGAAUCUCCCUCUACACCUUUGCAUGACUCGGACCCAAUCCAAUCUGUGGAGAAAGAUUCUGACGCAAAGAAGGUGUUAGAGGAGAACUCAGACACCGAAGGGGGACCAGAAGAAGACACAAUGGAGCUGGAGCUGGCUCUGGAGAGGAAGAAGGCUGAGCUCCAGGCUCUAGAGGAUGGUGAUGGAAGUGUGGGAGGCUCCAGUCCUUAUUCUGAGACAAGCCAAGAAGCGCCUGGACUUCGUGGCACCCUCAGGAAAAAACGAUGGAAAACUGUCUUCCCCAGUGCGCCCAGUCCUGAUUCCAACAGUCAGAGUUCAGAGCCUCAGGAGAACAUGCAGACAGUAGCAUGUACGAAGGUCCAGGAGAGUGUUGUAGCAGAAGAAGAAGAUGGGGAGAUGGAUAACUCUGAGCAGAAACCAGAAACUCCACCAAAAGAAGAAGUGGAGACACCUGAGCUCAGGUUUCAGAUUGGAGAACUGGCUAACACCUUAACUAGCAAGAUGGAGUUCCUGGGCAUACACAAGAAGGCCGUCUCGAACUUUCAAUUACUUCUGCUGCAAACUGAGACACGGAUAGCUGACUGGAGGGAGGGCGCUCUGAACGGGGUCUAUCUUCGCCGCAGGCUACAGGAAGCCGCCGAACACAUAAAACAUUAUGAACUUAACGCCACCCCUAAAGGCUGGUCCUGCCACUGGGACAGAGAGCACAGGCGGUAUUUUUAUGUCAACGACCUGACGAAUGCAUCACAGUGGGAGUUCCCGACAGAGGAGGCGAAGGGGGGUGACCAGAAAGGAAACCAGGCUAGCCCGACCUCCAGUCAAGGCGAUGCCAAAACAUCAUCUGCAUCUAACGGCGGGACUUCAGGACCGACAGUUUGUGCCCCUGCUGCUCCAUCAGCACCCCCUCAGUCCAGUGAUUCAUCAGUGUGGUCCUCCUCGCAACCCCCACUUCCUGACAGCCCACCGCCACCUCCUGACCUUCCACCACUUCCACCUCUCCCCCCUGGCUCACCCCCUCCACCUCCUCCGCCCCCUGACAGUGAUAGUGAGAUCAUGGAGGUCGAGAUGGAGAUGGAUGAUGACGACAAUGAUAUGGAGCCUCCAGCCCCUGGAACUGAAGAUGAUGGCAGUGGGUGGUCCCCUUCAGGAAUUGCUGGAAUUCAGGUCUUGGACUCCUCAGGUCCACUGGGUAAGGGUCAGAAACGCAAAGCUGGUCAGUUGAAUAAAGCCAUCAUUGGAAGUAGUCCUAUCCUGUACACACAGCAUGUUGCCACUGCAGCACCAGUCUAUUGGGGUGUGCCGGAUGUAAGUGCACCUCUAGUCCCCUGUGAACCUUCUCUUCCACCUGUUCAGGCUCUGCCCCCACAACCAGCGCUGCCCCCUCCCCAGCCCCCCUGUGACCCCCCAGGACCUAAAGUGGCACCUCAAGAAAAGCUCAAGAAAACUAAGAAGGACAAGAAGGCUAAGACCAAAAUGCCCUCCCUCGUGAAGAAGUGGCAAAGUAUCCAGAAAGAGCUGGAGGAGGAGGAGAAGAGCAGCUCCAGUGAUGAAGAUAGAGAACAGCUCAACAAGAAAACUAUAGAAGACUGGAAGCAGCAGCAGCUCAUGACAGGAAAGGCUGCAAAGAAUGCCAACUUUGAGGCACUUCCUGAUAACUGGCGGGAUCGACUAAAGAAAAGGAAGUUGAACAGCACGUAACGUCGGACUUAACAAAAUUAUAUACGGUUUGUGUUUAUAUAUAUAUAUAUAUAUAUAUAUAUGUGUGUGUGUGUGUGUGUGUGUGUGUGUGUGUGUGUGUGUAUGUAUAUAUAUAUAUAUAUAUAUAUAUAUAUAUAUAUAUAUAUAUAUAAUGUGGGUGUGUGUGUAUACUGUGCAUAUAGUGUGUAUGUAUAUAUAUAUAUAUACACAUAUAUAUAUAUAUACAUACAUACACAUAUAUAUAUAUAUAUACAUACAUAUACAUAUAUGUAUGUGUGUGUGUGUGUAUAUAUAUAUAUAUAUAUAUAUAUAUAUAUAUAUAAUGUGGGUGUGUGUGUAUACUGUGCAUAUAGUGUGUAUGUAUAUAUAAUACAGUGUAAUAUAUAUAUAUAUAUACACAUAUAUAUACAUACAUACAUGUAUAUAUAUAUGUAUCUAUAUGUA